UUAGGUUAAUUCCUUGACAAAAAGUUCAGCUAUUUCCCCAUGUUUCUGCCCCUGCUUCUUCCCCCACCACCCACCUCAAAAGCGCCACCGUCGUUCCAUCCUUUCCUCUCCAGCAACAAUAUUUUCUCCUCUCCAGAAGCCAGGUCGGCGACUCACCUACUGCUGGAAACCACCACUGCAACCACCUCCUAUCCUCUCAUGGGAAAAGAAUCGCGCACACCGCCACCAUCACUUGCUCGCCUCUUGCUGGACACUGCUAAGAGCUUUCAUUUCAUUCCUAUUGAAUUAGCUGGUUUGUACAAGAAAGUCUUACAUCUCGUGGAUUAUUUUGGACAAUAUCGACAACUUCUUGAUAGUGAGGUGUUUAGUGUCUCCUUCUAUCUCAUGUGUUUGGGAACUCUCCCUUUAUUGCUCUUAUAUUUAACUAUUUGAUAAUGCAUGGUCUUUGUAAUUUACCUUGCUGAUGAGAAGACAAUACUACCAUUGUUCAUUGCCUUUCACACCGAUCUAUUCAAGAUCUCGGUCUGGUAGUUAUACCAGAGUUACUUUAAGAAGUUAUCUUUAGGGCAUGUUUGGCCAAGGUUCUACAAAACUAUUUUUUUCUUCUUAGAAAUAGUUCUCUAGAAACUGUUUCUAGAGAAAUUUUGAAGUGUUUGUCCUUACCAUUUUACAAGCACUUCUAAGAAAUAGAAACGGUAUCACAAUG